ACACCUACUCUGCAGGUUGAGCCCCACCCUUCUAUAAUCUAAAGGUGAGUUGCUGGUACUGUUGCUAGAAAGAGCAGCUUAUCCUCCAUCAGCCAUGGGUCUCCUUUUACAAGCAAUCUUCCUUGCAUUAGGAGUCAGCCUGUCUUUAAGCAGACCAGCAGUGAAGGAGACCAGUUACCAACAUGCUGCAGUUGCAACUGAUGCUGCUCAGUGCUCAGAGAUUGGUGUAGAACUGCUCAAAAAAGGAGGGAAUGCAGUUGAUGCAGCUGUAGGGAGUCUCUUGUGUGUUGGUGUCAUCAAUCUGCAGUCAACAGGGCUUGGUGGCGGCGGGUUCUUCAUGUAUUAUGAUGCAGAGUCUAGGGAGACCUCUUGUAUUGACUUCAGAGAGAAAGCACCUGGGGUUAUACCAGAAUCAGCCAUGGAGAGGUACAUUGAAGAUCCUACCUCAACAACAAUAGGUGGUCUAGCUAUUGGUGUUCCAGGGCAAGUUAAAGGGCUCCAUGAGGCCCACACUAGAUUUGGUGAGCUCCCUUGGUAUGAUGUCGUUGAGCCUUCAAUCAAGGUAGCUAGAGAAGGAUUUGCUGUAACACCAACUGUAGCAUUGGCUAUAUCAAUAGUUGGUAAUCAGUUGGAUGAGAAUUAUCAAACACUGAGUGAUUUACUCCACAAUCCUGAGACUGGCCAGUUGUAUAAAGAAGGUGAAAUAUUGAGACAACCACAAUUAGCAGAUACUCUAGAGUCAAUAGCAAGAUCUGGUUCAAUAUUCUUCUAUAACAGUUCCUUCACUGAAGAAAUGGUAGCAGAACUUGCCAGCGAAUAUGGUAGCAUCCUCAGAGUAGAAGAUUUCCUUAAUUACAAGGCUGCAACAAGAGAUCCGUUAAUAAGCGAAUACAAAGGAAUGAAAGUUCACAGUUUUCCACCACCUGCCAGUGGCUCGGUUCUAUCACUAGUGUUCAAUAUAUUAGAUGGUUAUGAUCUAGAUGAGAUUGACUCCCUCUCUUAUCACAGGAUUGUAGAAGCAUACAAGUUUGCUUACGGUCAGCGUCUUUCAUUAGGAGAUCCUGACUACAACGAAACUAUAUCUGAAGUGGUUGAUUUCAUGUUAGAUGUUGACACUGCAGUUGAUAUGAGAUCAAGAAUCACUGACGACACAACACACGAUGUUGAAUAUUAUUUAGAAAAUCAGCCACUGCAUAAUCCAGAGUCACACGGUACAACACAUCUAUCAGUGAUUGAUGAGAAAGGAAAUGCAGUUGGAAUAACAAGUACAAUUAACCUGUAUUUUGGUAGCCGCUCAAUGUCUUCCAGGAGUGGUAUUAUAUUCAACAAUGAAAUGGAUGACUUCAGUGUCCCUGGUAGAAACAAUAGCUUUGACUAUCCUCCGUCUCCUUCAAAUUACAUAAAACCCAACCAUCGACCACUCUCCUCCAUGACUCCGACCAUUGUCACUGAUGAAGAGGGGUCAGUGGUUAUGGUCGCUGGUGCAUCAGGUGGUUCAAAAAUACCAACAGCAACAUCUCAGGUGAUACUGAAUACACUCAGCUUCUCUAUUCCAUUGGAAGACGCUGUAUCAAGGCCACGCCUACAUCACCAACUGAUUCCUAAUACAUUAGAAGUUGAGACUGAUUUCUCUCAAAGUUACAUUGAGGGGCUAGAGGAACGUAAUCAUGUGAUUAGAAAGACGUCCUCUGUGGGUGUGGUCCAAGCUAUUUAUAAGGAAAAAGGAGGACUCAUAUACGCUGCAUCUGAUAAGAGGAAGGGAGGGGAACCAAGCGGAUACUAACCAACUGUUUAUAAUAAUGAUACUCUAUGUUUAUAUAGUGCUGUGAUUUAAAAAUAGUAAUAAUUAUAAUAACUAUAA